GUAACAGCAGCAGCAGGACCCUCGCCCCUUUGAAAAACUAAGAAGAAGACAGACAGGCUCUCUCUCACACACUCAUACACAACACACACAGCCUCACAGACUCACAGACUCACUGAACCAGCGAGAGAGUACAACAGAAACAGAAAAGAAGAGAAAGAAGAGUAAGGAAGGGAGGGAGGGACUCUGAUUCAUCCCGCCACCAUUUUGUUGGUUUAAGGUCGGCGGGGCUGACUGACCACGACGCCCAAUUUUGCAGUGCCGCUCGCUGUUACUACUCCAUUACGGCGCCCAUCCCGCUCGUCGUCGUCGUCGUCCUAGCCAGCCGUAUGAUCAUCGCACCCCGUCUCUGUUAGAAAUGCCGUCUGCCUGACCUUUCCGACCUGGCGUUACACCCCCCCGUUAGAGACCCCGAUCAGAGAGAGAGAGAGCAUCCAUACUGCGGCGGGCGGUCCAGUAGGGUGGUUAAUUGAUGAGGCAAGGGAGACGUGACUUCACUAUCCUCGCUGUUGCUGCCGCUCUUUUCAUUCCAUUCUAACCCUAAGUAGGAGGGAAUUGGUUUGCUGUGCUCGCAUUAGCCUGUGUGUGCAAUGCGUUAACGGUCCAGAAUAAUUCCGUUUGGUCGGGGGUUGUGAAUGGGGGAAAAGGGAGUGCGUUUGUGGCGAGGAAGGUUUUGAGCUCGUGGUCGCUUUGUUCAUGUUCUUUUAUUUUUAUUUUUAUUUUUACAUCGAGCGUAGAAAGGGCUUGCCCAAGCUAUGCGAUUUUGGAACUAGUGCUGGAACUUUGGAUGUGUUCCAUGGGUUAUGGUUUUCAUCUCUUAGUUUUUCGCUGCGGGAGGUGUUUGAGCUGGUCUUGUACUACUGCAGACGUCCGAAGGGGAUCGGAGCUUGAUACGAAAUCGCUCAUUACUUUAUACUUUUUUAGUUUCGAAUAUUUUUCAUGCGGUCUGGUUUGAACUUCAGAGGUUGACUCCGUCCAGAUGUUCCCGAGGCACGUUGAUCGUAGUUACCAAAUUUAGACGUUAGAGAGGAAUCUUUGCGCUUUAGGAAUAAGUUUUCCGUGUUCUCCCAGUGCUUGUUUGUGUGCAAUGUCUAGGUAUUGUGUCAUGGAGGACGCUUCACAUUCGAGGAACGCCAGCGUCUGCAGCUUGCGUCGCUCUCUUACAGCUUCUUUCGUCAUCCCCUUUUCGCUUCCCACAGCUUCGUAGUCGUUGCAGUGAUAGAAUGAAUGAAUGUGGGAAACUUUGAGACCAGUACAAUUGGCCUGUAGCACGUGGACACAACUGCAGUAUUCAUGUUUAUGUAGCUGCAGCACAAGAGGGAAACUAAGAUUGUAGGUAAGAGCAGGUGGUUCUUGAGAUAGAACCCCAUAGUCUCGCUUUCGAAGUUUGUAAACACCGAUUCAGCGUUGGCAAAAGCACUUGUGAGGCUGCCUCAGAUGGGUUUGUCGAAGGAGCUAAAUAUCGGGGUCAGAUCGGACGGUAAAGCAUGAAUGACGAAAGUGGGCCUGGUUGGGUGAGCGUGAUUUGCAACUGUUCAAAGCUAGGAUGCUUUGCUCCAGGGAUCAGCGCGAGUUCUAUUCGAAAAUCAGCUCUUCGUGUAGGACCGAUAAGAGGGUCGGGGUUUGAUUAGAGCUUAUUAGGUGAUCAGGAUUUUAAUUACUAUUAUUAUUUUGAUAUCCUUAAAGUCCUAGUUCCCCUCUUUUAACUUUAAUAUUACAAAGGUGAAAAACAAGUCAUUAUUAAGGUGGCGGUAAGGUCUUAUCAUGGGAAAAGGGACAAUUGAUAGGAGAAGACCUGAUGGAGAACUCACAGUAGUUCGAAGGCUCAUCGAUCCUAGUGAAUCUGAAAUUGCUGCUACUCCUACAAUACCCGAGGACGCAAGUUUACGACAGGCACGAGAGUAUGACAAGGGAUGGGAUGGGUCAUUACGCGGCCUCGAUGGAGGUGCUUCAUCCUACGAUACUGUUGGGGUUCCAGAUAAUAUUUCCGACGUCGGAAGGGAAGAGCCCAGUAUAGCAUUCAUUGCUUCAGGAGAAAAUAACAAUGUGGAAUCUUCUUUGGUCUCGAGGCGUGUUUCACAAAACACAGAAAUGGGAAGACUCAGACAGCUAAAUUCUGAGAGAGAUCUUGAAGAAGCUUCCAGUUUAUUAUUCAAUAAUCCAAUGAAAUUGCAGCUGAAAGCUCAAAUUCUGGUGUUGGGAGAUCUGUUGAAGGGUGUAGUACCGAGCUCGGAUUUACUGAAGGAGGCUUGUUCGAAACUUGUUGAAGGAGUUGAAACUAAGUUUUUCGAGCCUGUUGUUACCCAACGUGGUGUUCAAGACCUACAAUGCAAGAUGACAAAGAUUCCCAAUGUCCCCGGAGAAUUUAAUUUUCGGAAUAUAGAAGAUGAGUUAUGUGUUCCAGGAAGACCGUUAACUUCAGAGGAGCCCCCAUCAGAUGAAAAAGAAUUUCUCUCUAGUGACGAUGGUUUAGCACGAGAGAGAGAUCUUGCAACUUCAGGGCAUUUGAUGAUCACACAAAACAACAUAAUGACAGCCAGGUCAAAUUCAAAUGUGGGAGAAGAGAAAUCCCAGGCUGCCGGGAUUAGUGGUCAAGACGAUGAUAAGCAUCUUAAUUUGGCGCAGGCCAGUGCGCAGGAUGCGUUAACAACUGCUACAUCUGCUCUUGCUCAGAGUCACAUGGUGUGGGCUCGCCUUCAUUCUCACGAUCAUUCGGAAGAAGGAGCAACUAGAGACGCUCGAAUUGCGUCUGUUGCUGCUACUGUUGCGGCCGCUGCUUCAGUUGCGAAAGCUGCAGUUGAGGCUGCCCGAGCGAUUGCAGAAGUAUCAAUGAAUGCUUUUAUUCAAACUGGCGCCUGCCACGCUGUUAAAACUGGAGCAAGCAUACCUGAGUUUGGAUCUAAGAAUUUCUCACAAUCACUGCAGGUCACUAGUUGGGAUCAGACUCAUCAUAGCAUCAGGGAGAACGCCACUACAGCAUCGCAUCCAAAGACUGACAUAGUGGAAUCUGUUGUUCAAGCCGCUGGACGAGCAGCAGAAGCUGCCUCCCAGGCAGGAACAGUUUUAGUGAAUACAAAUCCACUGAUCACAGCGAGUUGUUGGGGUGGCUUUUGGUCGCGGAAACAAACUGAGGUGGAUGGAGAGCAUGAGCGGAGCGAAUAUGGUGGAAUGAACGAAGCCAAUGAGAUGCAUGCAGUUUAUGGAGUGGAUGAAGUUGAUGGAAGACAUAAAGUGGGUGCGUUGAAUCUGACGGAUGCUGUGAAUGGAGCGAACGACUUAGCCCGAGCGGGCGAAAAGUAUGUGGCGCUGGAGCCGGAAGCUAUGCAUGCAGAGAACUACGUAUUUCAGAAAGAACUGAAUGCGGCGAUGGAUACCAACGUCCAUGAAGAUUAUAAAGUGUAUCAAAAUGUAGUGAACCACGAGAUCUCUAAUGAUGUGGCUGCAGCUAAUGAAGAAGCGUCCGCGGAAAAUGAAAACGAGGACGAUCGCGAAGUGGCUGCGGCGUGUGAAGGCCAAGGUGAAGUGGGUUUGGUAAAUGUUUAUGACGACAAAGCGAUUGUAGAACAGGAAUGCGAGGUGAAUCUGGUGAAUGAAGACCAAGACCCAAUGGCUGGUGCGAUUGAUGGCAAGUUAACUGCUACAAACAAAGGUGAAGUGGGUUUUGCAAAUGAAGACCAAGACGACGUGUGUGAACCAAAUAAAGUUUCUGUUGUGAAAGAAGUUGAUUUACAUGAGUUGGCUGUAAUGGAUAUAGUGGAUGUACCGAAUGAGAUUGCUGCAGUGAAUGAAGUGGAUGUGUCAAAUGAAACGAUGGAACCAAUAGAAGAGGGACAACGUAUCAAUUCAAGUCUAGAGAAAUUCAAAAGAGAGAGAGGAAGAUGUUUUGAAGUACCAAGCAGAGCCAAGAGUUUCAAGGAAUUAGCUGGAAUUUCCUCCACUACAGCUCCGAUCCAGACUGUAGAGAAUGCAAAACAAAUGCAGCUUUAUUCACCUACAGGUCGAAGCAAGGAUCGAGAUGAAAACGUAGGAGGGGGAAAACGGAGUGCAAGGCAUAUUGAAUCAGCACCUACGAGCUCUUCUGAGAAGGAUGCAACCAUGCGGGUUUCAGUAGAUCCUGGCGACGAAAGUAUCACACGAGAGCCGUCAGAGAAAAUUUUGGAUGCGUCUGUUGUAGAGGUCAUGAUUGACGAAGUAGGAUUGAGAGGUGCCUGGUUCUUAGGCAAAGUCAUCAGAAUGACUCCGAAUGAAGCCUUUGUAGAACUAGAUGACCUUCUGACUGAAAAUGGCAAGGUGAAGGCUAGAGAGUGGUUUCCUCUUGUACAAGGGAAUACUCCGAAUCCUUCACGACGACACGUCCGGCCUGUGCACCCGUUCAGCAUUGUUGGUGAAGCAGGUGUAAGAAAGCAACGGCGUGUAUCAUUAGUAUCCCAAACUUGGAACAUAAGCGAUCACGUGGAUGCUUUUGUUCAUAACGCGUGGUGGGAAGGGAUUGUCGUGAGCUUAAAUGAUAUGGAUGCAACCCAAGCCACCAUCUGUUUUCCAGGGGAGAGCAAAAUACAGGUUGUAAAGACGUGGAAUUUGAGGCCCUCUUUCAAAUGGAAGGAUAAUAAGUGGAUACCGCUGAAACAUUCUGAGCUGCUGGAGAAUCAACGACCUUGGAAGCGACAAAAAUUUCGAGACUUGAGUUGGGAGCUUUUGAAUAAUGGGCCUGAUGAGCUGGUUACUCAGAAAUCAAACGGUGAGACCAGUGAUGGGAAAAUUCUGAGGACGAAACUUCAUGAGGACCGUGCCUUUAUUUGUGAACUCACAUCUGCUCAAAACGCUCGCCAAUCACCCGCUAGGGAUCAGGAGGAAAGUUUAACACCCGUUCAGCAACCAGGGCAGAAAAAAGCAGAGGUCAAGGGAGGUGAAAUCACCAUGAAUUGCAAGUGCCGUGAAGAAACAUAAAGCGCUUGAGAAGAAUGUACUGCCUCCAGGAACCUGCACCAAGAUAUGCUCCUGUGGACGAAAGCACGCCAGCAGCAUCUGUACGCAAAAUCGUGCGAAAAAUUUGAAAUUUCUUUAGUAAGCGAAGUUGACGCGCUGGAGAGACGAAGACGGUUGUCAAAGCGACGCUCCAUUGGCAAUGUAUAAUUCUCAACCCGGUGAAUGUGAUUCCUUGGUAAAGUGUGAUUGCUUCCGAGAGGUGUCAGCAGAAGGUGCCAUUGCUAGUUCGAGCUUCCUGAGCUACGGCAUUACAACGAGCAAGACACAUUAUGAUCACAGCAUGAAUCUCUUGCUUUGCCAAGAAAAGAAAGGUGAUUUAUCAUUCAUUGGCCUUCCGUGAGGUUCUGACUGACUCUUUUGUGCAUGUUGAUAUGGACAGAGCGUUUUUUGUGACGACUGUGUCCGAGGUUCUUCCAAUAUCCCACUAAACAUGUACGAAAGAUCAGGAAUCGUGGACUGAUUAGUUGCAAGAGUCUAAGUUUUUGAGGACUUUUAUAUUUCAACUGAUAUUUUCCAAAAAUAGGACUCUAAACGACUAGAGUAAGUCUCAUAAUCCACAUGACUAGGUAAAAUGGUUUUGUGAAAGAUUAUUUUUUGAACAAGAGAAUCCGUUCUUGAAUGGAUUUUCGUUUUUGUUUUCCUAACUUAUGCAAUAUUAGCAAGGUAUUGUCUAUUUCUUAGAUCCUUCAAUAAUAUAAAAAAACUCUUUGCAAAAA